UAACAGAACAGACACCCCUGUGAGCGAAAACUAGUUUGUUGCAGAAGUUUUUGGACGUAAGGAAUACCGCCCUACUCCCUCGAUUGACAGACAAAAAACUUCUCAUUAAAAAAUCAUGACGGAGUGGAAGGCAAAUUUACUGACACACGUGUAUCUGCUUUUACUGAGCACCGUAACAUCGAUCGAGGGUAAACACAAAGCGAAAGUACUCGUGCUUGGAGCCGGUUUGUCUGGCGUGACCGCCGCUAAAACCCUACUAGACAAUAACAUCACAGAUUUCUAUGUGCUAGAGGGUCGAGAAUACAUUGGUGGGAGAAUUCACGCCAUCCAAUUUGAAGGUCUAACCGUUGAGACCGGAGCAAACUGGCUUCAUUUUCUGGACGACGAAGACUCGGCACCUCUAGUAAAAAGGAAGGAAGAAACAAGUAUUGACGGUGUUUGAUGUAAUUAUUCUGACAUCAUGAUUAGAGACGAGAGCGGCCGAGACGUCACAGACUGGCAAGUUGUGCGCAGAUUUGACGAUGAAAUUGAAAAAAAAAAUAGAACAUUUCCAGAAGAUCAGAAAAGUUAACAACCUACCUGACAUUCCAGCUCGGGUUGGCCUACAGCUAAUGGGAUGGAAAAGCCGUCAACCGAUUGAAAAAGUGCUUGAGUACUCGAGACUUGACUUUGAGCAUGCGAGACCACCUGAAUUAGUUUCAUUUUAUCAGCUUCUCAGUCGAGGAAACGACUUCUUUGUUUCAGACUCAAAAGGAUUAUGGUCUCUGUAUGAAGAUCUAUACAAACCUUUAGAAAAACAUAUCUUACUCUGGGAAACUGUUGAAAAGAUAUCUUACACUAAUGACUCGGUGGAGGUUCAAACAAAAAGUAACAAAACUUUUGUGGCCGACUAUGUUCUUUGCACAUUCAGCUCUAGAGUCUUAGCUAGUGACGCUCUGACUUUUGACCCUCCCCUCCCAGAGUGGAAGCAAGAAGCAAUUUAUAAAAACCCUAUGUCUGUGUACACGAAGAUUUUUUUGAAGUUUCCAAGAAAAUUCUGGGAUGAUCAUGAAUACAUUUUACACGCUUCUAAAAGGCGCGGAUACUUCCCAAUACUCCAGGAUUUGGAAAGACCGGGAAUGUUGCCAAAUGGGAGUGGAAUUUUACUGAUUACUGUAACUGGAGAUGAAGGAAGGAGGAUUGAGGAAAAAACAGACGAGGAAACAAAGGCUGAGGUCAUGACUACAUUGAAAAAGGUUUAUGGAGAAAAAAUUCCGAAUCCAUCAGCAAUAUUCUAUAAUCGUUGGUCUCAAGAUAAGUUCACACAAGGUUCGUAUAGUGAGCCAGUGGUUGGCACAACCUCACACGAUUUCAUUAACCUCGGGAGAAGACUGGGUCGGCUAUAUUUCGCGGGAGAAGCGACGAGUGAGGAAUGGCACGGGUAUAUGCAAGGGGCUUACCUGAGUGGUAAGGAGAAAGCUCAAAUUAUCGCUGAUACCGUCAAUGGCGUGACUGUUCAGACGAAUAACGUGCUCGAUGAUUAUGCAGUUGUUCAUGAGGAACUUUAAUAGUAAACAUAGCCACGAUGCACUUCAAAUAGUUCUAGGCCUAUCAUUUAACUUGUCUCUUUAAAACUGCGCUUUGAAAAAUUGAACAAUAAAUAAAUACCAUCCAGGCCAAGAGUCAUUAGAAAUUCGAAAGAAAUAGGAGUGGAAGGGGUCAAAAAACAAAAUUUCUCAGGGAAGUAUGGAGCAUAUUUUUCUUCUACAUCUUUAAGGUACAUACGUGUUUCUCGGUACUGAUUAAGAUAAAUAAGUACAUAUAUGACCAUUAAAGCUAUGACGGCACACGAAGAAUCCUGUGACAAAGCUGCCCAUUGCCGGGACUUAAGCUUUAUUCAACCAUUGUUUCCUUAAGCCGAUACAAAGCUUCCGUCUGAUUGAAUAACACCGGCAAUGAGUGCAGCUUCCGUUAAUUGUUUCGCUUCUUUGGCAGAAUUUUCAGGGUGGAGAAGUUGGCCGAUUAAGACGAAUAUUUUCAGCAUGGUUUUGUGAUCUUUAAUGAUUUCAACGACUUUUCCGGAAAUAUCUGGACUCGCAUUAUACUAGUGAUAAAU